UAUUUUAAUUUUCUGUCAAAAAUAUAUAUUUAUUAAUAUCUUGCUGAGAGUCUUGGUAGCUUUCUGUUGUUCAAAGCUUUUAGUGCCAGUUUUAUUCACUGAAUCACAGGAUGGCUGAGGUGGGAAGACACCUCUGGAGAUCACCCAGUCCACUCCCCUGCUUGCACCAGGGUCACCUGCAGCUGGUUGCUCAGGACUGUGUCUGGUUGGGUUUUGACUGUCUCCAAGGAUGGAGACUUCACAAUUUCUCUGAGUAAUUUGUUCCAGUGCUUAAAAACUUAGAAUUUAAGAAAAAGUUUUUUUAUGUUUAAAUGGAAUUUCCUGUAUUUCAAGGUGUCCAUUUCCUCUGUAUUUCGAUUUUCUCGUCUCCAUUUCAUCCUGUAUGUCAAUUUGUGUCCAAUACUUUUUUCUCACAGCAAUGCUUAAAAAUAGUUAAAGUAUAUGUUAGUUAUCAUAAAAUAGUACUGAUGGACUUUGCUUAUUGUACAAGAAAAAGGUAUGUAAGUUUAUCACUGAUGAAAGGACAAAGGUUUUGAUUUAUGACAUUUACUCUCUUAAAUACCAAGUUGGUCUGAAAUGCUGUCCAUGCAGCUGCUGGCAGGAUAACAACAUGGGCUGGUUUUCUGUGCCCGUGCUCCUCACUUGGCUGUUUCUUCAGGUGGUCUGGAGUCAGCCUGCUCCGGAGACAACUGAAAUAGAUGUAGAUGGAGGAAUUGAUCAAGACAUCUUUGACAUCAAUGCAGCUUUAGGACUAGACCUUUUUGAAGGAGACAUCAAACUUGAUGGGAUACGUGAACGAAACUCCAUCAUUGGUGACAACUAUCGGUGGCCCCAUGUUAUCCCCUAUGUCCUUGAUGAUAGCCUGGAAAUGAAUGCUAAGGGACUCAUCCUCAAGGCAUUUGAACAGUAUCGACUGAAAACCUGUAUCGACUUCAAACCUUGGGAAGGGGAGGAGAACUACAUAUCUGUCUUCAAAGGAAGUGGCUGCUGGUCCUCAGUGGGAAACCGCCGAGUGGGGUUGCAGCAGCUCUCCAUCGGAGCCAACUGUGACAGGAUAGCGACCAUCCAGCACGAGUUCCUGCAUGCCCUGGGAUUCUGGCAUGAGCAGUCACGCUCCGACCGCGACGACUAUGUGUCCAUCGUCUGGGAGAGGAUUCAGUCUGGUACAGGUCAUAAUUUCAACAAAUACGAUGAUAAAACAUCAGACUCCUUGAAUGUUCCCUAUGACUACAAUUCUGUGAUGCACUACAGCAAAAACGCAUUCAGAAAUGGAACUGAACCCACCAUCAUCACUAACAUACCAGACUUCAUGGAUGUUAUAGGGCAGCGAAUGGAUUUCAGUGAUUAUGAUCUCCAGAAACUGAACCGGCUGUACAAUUGCACUUCGUCCCUAAGUUUCAUGGACACAUGCAGUUUUGAACUUGAAAAUAUAUGUGGCAUGAUUCAAAGUUCAGAUGAUAACAGUGAUUGGCAGCGUUUGUCUCAGGUUCCUGCUGGGCCAAAUACUGAUCACACUAAUAUGGGAGAAUGUGAAGAUUCUGGCUACUUCAUGCAUUUCAACACCAGUGCCGGAGCAGAGGGAAGCACAGCUAUCCUGGAGAGCCGAAUUCUGUAUCCCAAAAGGGGCUUUCAGUGCUUACAAUUCUACUUCUAUAACAGCGGUCAUGAAAGCGACCAUCUGUAUGUCUGGGUCAGGGAAUACACUUCAGCCCAUCCAAAUGGUACUUUGAGACUCGUGGGAGAGAUAAAAGGUUCACCUGUGAAUUACUGGCAGCUCCAUCAUGUUUCUUUGAAUGUCACAAGUAAAUUCCGGGUUGUGUUUCAAGGUGUGAGAGGAAGUGGCUUGUCAAACGGAGGCCUCUCUAUUGACGACAUCAACUUGUCAGAAACUCAGUGUCCCCACCAUGUCUGGCAUAUCAGAAAUUUCACACAUCUCUUCAGCACAAGUCCAGCAGGGACAGCAGGAAGAAUAUACAGUCCACCUUUUUAUUCCAGUGAAGGAUAUGCUUUUCAGGUCAGCUUGUAUUUAAAUGGUAGCACCGAUAACCCAUUUAAUGUAGAAAUGUACUUUCACUUAAUUUCUGGAGCAAAUGAUGAUCAUUUACAAUGGCCCUGUCCGUGGCAACAAGCUACUGUGAUUCUGCUUGACCAGCAUCCUGAUAUACGUCAACGGAUGUCAAACCAAAGAAGUAUAACAACUGACCCCCUGCAAUUAUCAGCUUCCUCAUCAUCCUAUUUUUGGGAUAGGCCAGAUAAAGUGGGAUCUGUGGCAUCUUUUUCCAAUGGAACUACAUUCAUGAGAGGUCCAGGAAUGGGAACAAGUGCAUUUUUAACUCAUCAGAGACUUAGAAGCCGCAACUUUGUUAAAGAAGAUGGUGUUUAUAUUCUUUUAACAAUGGAAGAUAUAUCACAUCUACUAUCAACUCAACCAAGUGUUUCACCCACCUUUGCUGUGAAUACAUCCAGUGCCAACACUAUCAAACCUACCUCUACCACCACUUCCACCACCAGGCCUACCACUGGGUCUACCACCACCACAACGCCCACCACAACAACCUCUGUCACCCUGACCGAAGAGCCAGAGGUUCCAAAUUCUUGUCCAGACAACCAUUGUGAAAAUGAUGGUGUCUGUGUUCUUGUAGAUAGAGCUCCAGUGUGCAGGUGUCCAGCAGGUGACAACUGGUGGUACAUGGGAGAAAAGUGUGAAAGGAAAGGCUCGACUCGAGAAAAUACUGUAAUAGCUGUUACUUCAACCGUAGCUGUAUUUGUUGUAAUGCUUAUUGUCACUAUCACAACUGCGGUGUGCCUUAAAAAGAAAUACAGUCAAGGAAAGGAAAAUGGGGAGAACAUGACGCUAGAAUGUAAAACAUCCUUCUGAAGGUAAUGCAAAUCAGCAUCAAAGGCACAAGAUGAACAUCACUGGAAAACCACAACUACAUCAUCAUUCUUUCUAUCACUUUUAUCUCAACCAUCACGAUAAAGGUUUGUAAAGUCUGGAAAACAAUUCAUGUGGAUAAAAUAUUGUGUUUAAGUCAGUAAAGUGUCUGACAGUGUUGUGUAUCGCCAUUCAAUGCAGAAAGAUGGAAUGACAUGUCUGCUCUGUUCUUUAAGUCUACCUGAACAAGAAGAAAACAUGUAAAAUGGCAUCCUGGCUUUCAAUCCAUGCAGUGAUGUCCAGGAUUGCUAUCUUAUCACAAUACAGGUGUCUAUAAUAAAAGGGAGCUGGACCCUCUAACUAUGGGGUACCCAGCUGUUCUGAGUCUUGCAUCAUCUGUCAGUUAGUACUGUGAGGUGUGGGAGUGUUCAUUAGGUUAUUUGUUUGUGAUCUACUCACUAUGAAAGAAAUAACAAGUAAUGAGGAAAGUGAUAAAUUAACCACGCAGACACACAAACGUUAAUGAGGAAGUCACAACAGAGACAAGAAUGAGGACCCAGAAUGCUCCCAUCACUGAUGGAUGGUCCAUUAAAGGAACUACUCAGGCAGAGACUUCAAGAAUGUCAACCUGAGCAACAAUUUUUAACUGAUAGGAAGGGAGAAACAUGAUGAAAAUGAAUAUUAUGGGAUACCUGAGGCUGCUUGGGAUAGAGGCUUGUGGACUUAUGUAAAAAUGACUAUGGAAUGUUUAGGGGAAGGGCCAAAGGAUCCAAAGGAAAGGGAAAAGAUCACAGUGGGUCAGAGGGGAACUACUAUGUGAAACUGAUGCCAACAACUGGGGAGACCAGUGUGAAAAAGACAUUUGUGUGACAAUGACCAGAGGAGACCACAGGUCUUGGGGCUUGUGGGUCUAGGUAUGAGCACAUGUAAGGGACUGGCAUGUGAGAGUCUGUGUGCCAGUAACUGGAGGGACCAGGGGCUGCAGGGCUUGUAGGUCGAAACACCAGUGACUGGUGGAACUGGGCCGUGUGUGUUGUAUGUGUGUUGAAAGGCCCAAGUGCCAGUGACUGGAGAAGAGGCUGUAGGCACCAGGGCUGUAGGUCUGGGUGACAGGAACUGGAGAGACCUGGGUGUGUUUAUAUUUCUUCAGUUAAUUUAAUCCUCUGUGUUUGUAUGUAUAAUGCACUAACAAACUUCAAGCUGGACUAGCUGGUGAGCUGGAGGAAACAUUUCCACAUCUGGAGGACUCAGUCUGAGCCAGUGGUUGGGGUAAGGGAGCCCAGGGUCCAGGCAUGGAUAUUGGGCAAACUGCUACCCAUGCUGCUCUUUGUAUGUGCAGCAGCCUGUGCAGCAGCCACAUUUGGGGCCUCUUGUUCUACACACUCAACCUUGCUACAGGCCAGACCUGCAAGCAGGAAGAGCAGCAGCUGCAUCCCUGGGACUGGGAUGGAGAAAUCACCUGGGACUGUUCCUGGCUGGGCACAUCAUCUGGGGAGGAGGGUUCCUGGGUCUGCUGAAUUUAGUGGCUCCCUGAACAAGCUUGAUAAGUAGGGCUACAAAUCAGUGGGAUUUGGAGAACAGAGCAGGCAUGGAAAUACAAGAAGAGCCAGAGGAAGCAAAGUGUACUUCCCUCAGGAUAGUUUGCAGAGGAAGAUUGCAGUCACUGUGGGCACACGUCAUCACAUUUGUAGUGUUUUGGAAGGGGGCUGCAAGAGACAAGACUGCCAGUAACAGAAAUGUCAGGUCAUACCAGAUGGUUGGUAGACUGGUAUGUGAAUAUGUUCACAUUUAAAGGUCAGCAGCUACUUUGAUUCCCUGGAAAGGAUGUUGAUGAUCAUAACAUUUGUCGUGCAAUUUACCCGAACCCUGGGCAAGAGCAGUUCAAAUGUAUGGAAACUUGAGGGAACUAGUCUUCCUCUUAAUGCUACCACAUGGCACAAAGCAACAAAUGUGUAUGCUUCUGUGCUGACAUUACAUAUGUAGUCCUUUCUCAAUUAAUAUUCUCUGAAAUGUAGUUAUAUUUAAAGCAUUCAUAGCUGGUUUUAUUAGCUUUUGUUGGAAACCAAAGAUUCAUGAAAACAGACAGACAAAAUUAACAAAGAUUUGUCAGAGCUAACAAACAUCCUGGAUAGGAAGAUACCCCACUAUAGCUGUCUUAAAAUAACUUUCCUAUUUUGAAAUGUCUUCAUCAGCAGUUUUCAUGCAAAUAAUCCUCCAAAUGCUCCUUCAAUUAAGAUAUGCACAUAGAUUUACAUGGAGUUAAGAUACAAAUGAGACUGUUCAUAAAUUCAACCCUGGCUAAAAUACUCAACAUUUUAAACAGUGAGUAUUUCAUCAUUUCAAAUGUGAACUACUGGAUUUGUGACUGCAGAGAUCACUUAUAUUUUUGAAAACCAGAUUGCAUGAAAUGGCAUAAAUAUUACCUGAAUUGUAAACCCUCUUGCCCUUUCACUAGAAGAAAGCUUAAUAUGUAGAGCCAUAUAUUACAAUACAUUGUGCAAGAUACAAAUUCCAUAGGGUAUGCACUGAAAUGGUAAACUUCCAUGUGGAAAACCCCUUAAGCUUCUGCUUAUCCAUUUCAAACAGGUAUCAGUGAGAAGCACAAUUUAAAACUGCAUCUCCUAGUCAGUGAUUAAGAAUUACUCACUUUUCAGUGGUGUGCAGCUUGCACAGAGUCAAAAGAGACUGAGAUUUUAU